AGUGAGAAAAAUAAAGUCAAGUGUCAAAUGCAUAUGCUUUCAGUAGUCCGAUCCACACGUUUGGUUAAAGUAAGAAGAAGCAAGAAAAAACGAUUUUCUCGUUUCAGUGUUGAUUUGUUAGUUUUGAGUUUUUUGUUUGAAAAGUAAAUUCAUUAUUGCUCACAGAAAACGGAAAUAAAAAUGUUAAUUGCUGAAAUAGCAAACCGGGCUGAGCUUUCAGCCGUCGUAACAAGUGAAUUGCGCGAAAUUUACGGAAUUAAGUACAGACGAGACAAAAUCCAUCAUCAAAAGGCUCAGGCGAAUAAACUUAAUCACCGGAAGAUAUUCAACACGCAUCUAACGCAACUGGAAUUAACCGAUGUUGUUUUAACAAAUGGUGGAAUAACACAAAUUCCUGUUUUCGUAUCAGAUGCUUGUCAAAGCAUUCUCGAACAAGUCACCACAGAGGGACUAUUUCGUAAGGCUGGUUCAGCAGCAAGACAACGUGAAAUUAAGGCUCAUUUGGAUGCGGGAUUUCGUCUGGAAAAGAACCAUCAUGUCAUCGACGUGGCCAACGUUUUGAAACUAUUUUUUCGUGAACUUCCCGAACCCCUACUGCCACCGGGAAACUUACAAGAAACCAUUCUUCGAUCGCUGCUCAUCAAAUCCAACGAAGUCGAUGUGCUGAUGUUGACCUGCCUGCUGCUGCCGCCGUUAAGCCUAAACAUUUUAAUGUUUUUUAUGCAAUUUUUGCAUACGAUCUCCACGCACUCCGAUGAGAACAAGAUGACAAUCGAAAAUUUGGCGAUAAUAUUCGCUCCGGGCAUAAUGCCACUGACGGAAAUGAUUGGCCAGCGCUUGAAUUGUCACGUCAAAAUCAUCGAAAUGUUGAUACGAAACUCGAAUCGCAUCGGAUUGGUACCGAGGUCAAUUCUCGAAAAAAUCAGUCAUCAGGCGCCUGCCAUUGCAGACGAACAAAAUGCAGAGAUUCUGGACAAAAAGAAGAAAAAGAGGCGCAGUGGAUCGUUAACAAGAAUGUUCAAUGGCAUACGAAAAAUGAUCGGUGCCAAGGGAUCGUCUGAAAAUUUGGAUAAAUCCGAUGAGUUGAAUCCGGUUACUCCGUGCAUAUCGAAGUCCGCAAAGAAACGCAAGGUCACCGAAUCAAGUGCCUUUUCUGCAAAGAAGAGAUUGAACGUGAUGAACCUGCUACCAGAAAACGGUAGCAUUCUACCGUCCACACCAUGCAUCAAGGACACCAAACGAUCGCGCAUAAGUUUGGGCGGCAAACGGACCAAACCAGUCACAGUUUCACAGAGUUCCAUCGAAUUGCCUCAAAUCGAAAGACGCUGGAGCGUGGUCGGUCCCGGCUGGAACAAAAAGAAAGUCCAUUCGCAAUAUGAUGACAUGUCCGGUGGCAGUACCAUACAAUUGUCGCCGAUCGUAUCACUGCCCAUUCUGCCAACCUCGUCGAAUCAGGUGGAUUUGGAUCUGCCGAUCGAAAAUUCGUAUUCGAAAAUGAAGAGGAAAUCGCUUCAAUUCCAGCAAACGAAUGACGACGACAAUUUCGUUCGCGUUCCGAAGGUGGAGUAUGAGGCUAUUAAGGAGCGGGUGUCGGCCAUCGAAAGUCGAAUAUCACAGGAAUUCGGUAAAGUUCAAUCGGAAAUGUUGCUGUCGGAGAACACGGAUCCGAACAACGGAACGAACCUGGAAAAUGUAAUGACGAAAUACGAACGGACGCUGGAGGGUACGGAAUUGAUGAAUGCAUCGGCUACUGACUCGUUGGUCAUGAAAAUGGGAAAAGAAUUGAAGAUACGAAGCGCCGAAAACAAAAUUAUUCGCUCGCCCAGCGCUAGAAAAAUCGGUACGAUGAGACGUCGAUCGCGGGAAAAUGUACGACUGUCUCGUAAUCAGUCGUGGCAUUUCGGUAACAAGAAGCAAGUAUCCACAGAUGUCACUGCGAAUGAUCAAAACCAAAGCGAACACUUGUUCUAUCCGAAAAUGAGUCUGAAGCGCGGUCGUCCGAAUUCCGUUCAAAGCGGUUUACGACAUCCCAGUCCGAAGGAAUCUUUUCUGAAUGGAUUGCAACAGUCUGAAUUGAAAAUCGACGAGAAUAAUUUCGCGGAUGCAUUGGAAAACGAGAAUUGGACCAACGGCGAACAGUUCUUUAGAGAACAAAUGCAGCAGCCACCUGUCACACCAACGAGAAAUCUGAGAAAUUCCAUGGAAGGAACGCCACGAUUUGUGUCCCAUCUAAUGCUAGGCGAAAUGAAAACGCCCAUGCUACCGCCGAAACGAUCUGUCGUUCCGAGAACACCGGCAACCGUUGCAAAGGGGUCUACGCGAGGCAUGUCUCAACGACCAAGUUUCAUCAGCAAACCGCAGUCACAGCAAAUAACCGGCCACGAACCACAGACCGGCAGAGCGUCCAUAGCUCGAUUGAGAAGUCAAAAUGCUGGAAUGGUGGCUGCAAAGGCGAAACUUUUCAACGGGUUGGUCAAUGAUCCGUCGGAUCUACCGCAACAACAACACCACCACCACCAACAACAAAAAACGAAAAAAUCGACCGAAUCGUCACUCGGCAAUAAAAGAGACAACGGUCGAAGCGCUGACAAAUCACAUUCGCGUAAAUCAACACCACGAUCGACGCCUCGCCGUAAUCGUAACAGUCAUGGCAUCAAUCGCAGAUUGAAGCUACGCAAUGCAUUGACACCGAACAAAAAUUCGCCCCGACUAUCGAAACGGAUUCUCGACAAUGAGCUGGUAAAUCAAGCGGAUAAUAAGUUCAAUCAACGGUUUGCGAGCCGAUUGAAAAUUGCUUCGUCACCCGACAACAGUGGCAGAGCCCGACAUCAGCAUCGAGCACACUCCAAAUCGCCCAACAAGCGAAGCAACAAAAAGCUAACGCCAGUUAAACUACGAAGUUCACCGCGUCUGCAGGUUAGGAAUGCCAGUAAUCAGGAAUUGAUGCCAUAUCUCUAAUUCGUUUAAAUUUUUUCUUUAUCAAACUCUAAGUCUUUCGUGUUUUCGUCGACGUUUGACUGACACGCCCGUGUUCAUGUAUUUAUUAACGAUUUAUGUACAUUACGUUCUGUAAAAA